GGAAGGAGACGGGGGGAAGUAACUUUAACAAGCAAGAAAGAGAAACAGAUAAAAGCACGUUUUUGUGUGCGUGUUCGAAAAUAGAGAGAAAAGAGUGCGAUGUGGCGGGUCAGCUUUGCAUCCCGAGAGGAGUCGUCGCCGUUUUUCCCGAUUUUCCCGACAGUAAAAUCGUCCGUCCCAGUGCCAGUUACUUGAACCGUUGUGAAGGCCUUCGUACGCUCUCCCGUCUCCUGCGCUGUGAGACUCUCUUGCUCUCCCAUCUGUCAAUGUAGGCGCAAGCAGGUGACAAAAGGAUAUUCGGAGAGAUGGUGCUGUGUGAGUGUGAGUGUGUAUACGCUUCCAUCCCGAAAGGCGAAGGCUGCUGCGACGCUAAACAGCCGAUGCUCCGAGAGAGCGAAGAUUAGUUCGAGCUGGAUGUUUCAUAAUAUUGGGUCGGUGUGGUUUUGCGCUGCGGAGUCACCGGAACCGUAACGUAGGGCGCAUCCCAGUUUCGCUGCAUUAAAGCCUACAAGCGCGAUGUGAAUCGUUCUAGCUGUGUGUGUGUGCGUGAAGAAGAACAAAAAAAAGAAAUAGAAGAAAAACAGUACCUACAAUUGUUUAGUCAGCAUAAACCACCGAAAGCAAUCAUUGAAAACUGCCAAAUUCAUCCGCUGAAGGGUCAGUGCCAAGUGAGUCGAUAAUAAACGGUUCGUAACGUUCGUUGGGUGUGAUUUUUGCUGUGUGUGUGUCGUGUUGUGCCAAAGCAAAUCAAACUCCUCCAGCUACUACUGUAAUGGACGAAAAACAAACAAUUGAAGUGUAAACUAUUCCACGCUGCAUCCAUGACUACGGCCGAACGGAGUGCCGUGGAACAGUAGCAGUUGCAGUUGGUUUGCUCCAGCCCAGGGCCAGCUUUAAACGGUGACCCCCAGGCAAGCGACUUCGGGUGUGUAGGCGUGUCCAGGGCCGUUCCGGUGCGGGUUUUUCGUCUGGUUUCGAAUUUCGUGUAGUUCGGCAAACUCUGGAGCAAGCGGAUUGAAAGCGUCCUCGAAUCCUCCGAAACCGUGGUUCGCUGAACCGGAAAGCGUACAAAUUGGGGCCAUCCAGCAAACCAACCCAGUCCAGCAAAGACCCAAACGAACGAACAAACCGAACCGAACCGAUCGGGGACGGUGAUUUGUCGGCGUGGGCAGAGUGUGUCGAAAAUACCUUCUUUAUCAUUCCGGAAGUGUGUCCACCCUUGGUUUGUUUGUGUGGUGUGGAAAAGGAGAGGGGGGAGUAGCAGAUAGUUACGGGAGUGAACCACCCAACCGAAAGGGAGUGGCUCAAUUGGGUGAGCGCCUAAAGUUCGCCAGGACUGUUCCAGUUUGAGGCAAGAUGAGGGCAAGCAACGAAAGCAUGCUGAUUGCGGGCACUGUUUCUGAAUGACCAUCCAAAGUUCCGGGCUGACGGACUGACAAUCAAGGGCGAAAAAGAUAAGAACUAAUGCGACGUGCGGGUGCUACUACCAGGGAGCGGAGAGCUACUUAAAGUCACCUCAGCGCGCGAGAGAGAGAUAGUGAAAGAGAGAGAGAGAGGGCAUAAAAACGAAGGAGCAGCAUCAGCAGUAGUAGCAGCAGCAGUAGCAUCAGGAAGAAAGAGAAUACCCAUCUAUAGCUCUGGAUCUUCAUUAAUCUUCAAAAUGACUCUCAUCUUGUCUUGGAUCUUCAUACUUGGACUGAUUGUUCCGGAUCUAUCGUCAAGCUUGCUGCACUGUCCUCAUCGCUGCCAUUGCGAUGAUGAAAAGUUGGACGUCAACUGUGAGGAAGGCCAUCUGGAUGUACUACCCAUCGCGCUGAACCCUUCCAUCCAGCGGUUGGUGAUCAAGAACAACAAGAUACGAAUAAUUGACUCGUCGAUACAGUUCUACUCCGAGCUGACGCUGCUCGAUCUCAGCUUCAACUAUCUGUUCAACAUUCCCGACCGUACGUUCGGCCACCAGCGGAAGCUACAGCAGUUGCAUCUGAAUCACAACAAGAUCAGCACUAUCUCGAACCGCACGUUUGUUGGGCUGGGUGAGCUGCUGGUCCUAAACCUGCGCGGUAAUCUGAUCGAUCAGAUCGACGCCCUAACCUUUACACCGCUUGCCAAGCUGGAGGAGUUGAAUCUCGGUCAGAACAGGAUCGCGAGUGUCGGUUUGUCGGUGAGUUCGUUUGUGGGAAUCGGUGAUCUGAAGAUUCUGUUGCUGGAUGACAAUCUGCUGAGUGUGAUCCCUUCGGCGGAGACCUUCAAACCGAUCGACAAGCUGGCAGAGCUGUACAUUGGCACCAACUCGCUGGUGGCCAUCGAGGAUGGUGCGUUUCAAGUGCUCUCGGAGCUGACACUGUUGGACCUGCGAAGCAGUCUACUGCCGAACGUAUCGGAAGGCACAUUUGCUGGGAUAGAGAACCUGAAGACACUCAACCUUGCCGAUAAUCGGUUCGUGCGCGUUCCUUCGUCCACACUUGCGGUGUUGCGUCGCCUAGAGGAGUUGGCCAUUGGGCAGAACCACUUUGAGACGGUGCCGGCCCAUGCAUUCCGUGGUCUUCCGAAUCUGAAGCGCUUCGAGCUGAAGGGCUCACUGUACUUGCGCCGGAUCGAGCGUGCCGCUUUCCAGACAAACACAAACCUUGAAUCGAUUGUGAUUGAAUCGAACAAAGCGCUCACCGUGCUGGAGGAGGCCACCUUUGCCGGGUUGCUCUACCUGAAGCAUCUCAGCCUGCGCAACAAUGGGCUGGAGCGGCUCGACGAAGGGAUGCUUUCGUGGAACAGUUUGCGCACGGUCGACAUCUCGGACAAUCCGAUCAACUGCGACUGUUACUACUCGAAGCUGCUGCAGCGGUUACAGUCGGCAGCGCGGGUCAGCUACAAUGCUACUGGGUGUCCCCACCAUCUGCCCGACCAGUGGGAGUGUGAGUACGCGCUGGAGAAGAACAAAAACCUGAUCUCCGUGGUGGUCCCGUUGGUGGCGAUCGUUACUGCGAUUGCGCUGGCAUUCUAUCGCUUCCGGGGCCUGUUGCGGGAGUACGUGAAGAAUGGGUGCAAAAGCAAGGCGGCAGCUAGUGUAACGCCGGCCGGUCCGCCCGGACUGCCGGUGCUUCCACCGGUCGGGCGUACGGAGCUAUCGACGGUGGUGGACUACGAUAAACCGCUCACCGACGACGACUACGUUAUACGGACGGGCAAUCUGUACCAUGGCGGUGCAGGGCAGCCGAUGCUGAACGGGGGCUACCCGCUGUACCUGCAGCAGAACCCAAGCGUCUACUACAACAAGCCACUACCGAUUACGGAGUUAUAGUAUUGAAGGUUGGAGGAAUGCGACGCUAGCGUGUAAGUUGGUUCUCGCUUUCGGAAUCUAACUGACUACUUUAAGAUAAGGUUCUACGUGCAGGUUUAAUUUAUUUAAGUUUGGAGAGUUACAAGUCUUUUGUUUGAUGUGUUAAGCAAGCAGUCCACAUUAUAUUACCAUACAAUUACAUUCCAAAAGAAUUGCGCACCUUUCGCAAAACAUUCCAGCAUGAGACGUUCGGUGCGCAGGCGGAUCUGAUUUAGCUUCUAAGUUGAUUGUGAUGAUUUUCCCCCUUUUCUUCAAAUAAUCAUGUAUAUUUACAAUAAGGUUUGCUGUAUGAUAUAAUGCUUGAGAUACUCUUUUUUGAUAACAAAACACUCUUACACAUGUCGAUACGUGAUGUACAAUAUUGUCUAUGAUCGAGAGAUCUGUUUUAGUCGAGAGUUGUUUUUCCAUCGAGUAAUCUGUAAAAUUAAGUGUAUUAGUAUAGUUUAACAUCUCUUGAACUUUGAACAACUUCGAACAUCAAAAGGUCUUGUUGCCUUGACUGGAGGAUAAAAGCGAGGGCCAUCAGUACUUUGAGACUAACUAGACGAACUGGCUUACUGAUGGAGGAGGGUAGAGAAUAAUCGAUAGUAUUUCCUCUACUACUAAGCAUCACUAUCUGUAAUGUACGCCAACGAAAAUUAACUUCCCAUAAUAUAAAAAAUGAAAACCAGCACAGCAAUAAUGAAACGGUUCAAAACAAGUCUCCUUUACGGUAGGAAGGACAAUAGGGCAUACAGUUUAGCUCUACAAAACUUAGAACUGAAUGUCAGAUAACAAAUUACAAACGAAAUAACGCCAUACACAUUAUCACUGCAUCUGCACUACAUCUCAUUGCAUCUCUAUCCUGUGCGCUCUUGAAGCACUUAAUAUUCUUAGCGUCAAAUAAAUAAAGCAUAAAUCCACAUACACAAGAUACAAAGCAAAAAGAUGUGAAAACAAACCCGGACUAAACUUUGAACUCGCCUAGCCUUCCCUCUAAGCUCCGAAUUUCAAUUUGAUCAAAGUUAAUUGCUUUUUUGUUUCGCUCAGCAAGAAGAGAAGAAGUAGAAUCCUCGAAAAUAGUUGCAACUUUUUGGCGCCGUAUCAUUUCCACCUGGAACAUUGCGCACUCACCAGCACAUACGGGCCCAGGGACACACGGUACGUGCGGUCAUCCCGUUUGCCGUGUAGGGUAAUUGUAAUUAUAAUGUGUUGAAGUGUAACGAGCAAAGCAGCAGCGAAGUGAACCUACCCAAGGAACCAACAAAAAAAAGGGCCAAAAAAGGUUAGUGCAAACAGGUCCUUGCCGUUGUUGUAUUUCCUUGCGCGCUGCGUACGCCGGAUACACGUAGAUAAAGUGGUUGGAAUUUAAUCCCGUUUUUGUGCACUAAUCCGUGAAGGAAAGGUGUAGUAGUAGUAGUACCAUGGAAUGGCGAAAGAAAAUUGAAAGUAGAGGUACCCUUUCCCGAACAGGGGGCUCUCAUCGUCCAUAUCCCCCACAGCUACAGUGCCAGACUAACCACAAUCCUGGCGUUUUGUUUUUGCAUUUCCAUUUCCACAAUUUCAACACCAAAAGCCAGAAGCGUCGGUCCGUGAGGGGCCGAUGUAACUGCACGGUGGCUGAGUUAGGAAUGCGGAAAAAGUUCCACAUUUGCCAUGAUUAUCCGAUGCCGUUUCACGUGCCGGAGAACGAAGAACGGGUCGUUGGUGCGGUCCUCUGGUCCGUCCAUAACAGACGUUCCUGUGUUUUUCAGAGCACUUCAGCCAGAGCGUGAGUGGAUUGGAGGGUUGGACGGCUAACCGUUUGUUUUUUUUUGUUGGUUGAAUUUCUGCUACGGCUCCCACGGAAAGCCAUUGUCGGAGGUGAUGAUGGGGAAGCUGAUGAUGGUGGGCUAAAAAUUAAAACAAACGAUUUGCGAGCGACUCUCGCUUGCUCACCUUGCAUACUGGGGCGGCAGGCGGCCCUGGCUCGAGUGUUCUUAUCAGUGUACACGCCGUCUGUGGAUGGUUUGUGGAAAAUUAAAGAGCAACCUUCAUCCUGCCUGUGUAAAACUCUCCAACUGUUUCGCCUCUGUACGUCUGUGUUUGCUUUAAGCAAUUUUCACAUUGUUUGGGCAGAGCGUGUGUUCUCUGGUGGUGGACCAACUUUGGCCCCACACACACACACACACACACACACACACACACACACAUACACAACACAAAUAAUGAGCAGAAAUUUGGCAACGUACCACAGCGUGCAGACCACAUCGAGCAUCGAGCUACCGUCGGGCACAUUUUGCAUUCUCCAAAUUCAUAACCUGGCAGGAGGUUUUGUGGGGAGCUUUUCCGGGAUAGGGGCAGGGACCGGGACUUUUACUUUCAAUUCUCUGCACAAACGCUCGCAUACCGCGUCUGCUGCUAUGUCGGAAUGUACGAAUGUUUGUCCAAAGCCUGGUAAACUGGACCGAGACUUUUGGGGGAUUUUUUGUUGUUGUGGUGUGUGUUUUCGAGGGGAAAAGGUAUGACGCGGUCCUUUUUUGGAAAAUGGCUAUACAAAUUAUGGAUUUCCACAUUCAUUGUUUUUUUUUUUUUGCUGAUAGGGUCUUGGUGGGCUGAGCUGUAAUUGUGGUGGCAAAGUCGGUGGGGAAGCAAAAAGGAUAAUAAAACAAAUGGAGCAGCACCACGUGUACGUGGUGGAGUCUCGAGUGGAUUGGUCUGGACGGGCGCUCUGUGUUGUGGAUGUUCCAUUUGCGCUCUCCCCGCAUAGCUCACGUUACAUGAAUCUGUAAUUACCGUUGGCAGACUGCCCCAGAGCGUGUGUGUGUGUGUGUGCGGCGCGAAAGUCUGUAUCCUUAGCUAAGGUGGCGGGAUUGGUCUGGUCGAUUACCUCCUUUGCCUGCGAUGGUUUGGUGGCCACCUGUGCACAAAGGUGUGCACUCGAGGAUCGACGGAAUGUAUGUAUGUACGGGCCCGACACGUGCGCGAAUGUUUUUGCGUGAUGUAUCGUGUACUUUGAAUUCCCAUAACACCAGAGCGCUUUUUCGGAGGAGCCUGCAAGAGUGAGAAAUUCUACACACAAGCACAUACACACGGAGAUACAUUUCACUGGCAUCUCUGGCAAUGGUUAUGAAUGGUACGCGGUCCGGUGGCCCUUUCUGGUUCAACGCUCGCAGGAAAAUUCGCCGAGACGAGACGGCGGCUUUCUGGGGAAAACUGGCACACCGUGAUCAUUACUGGUCUCUGGCGGGCAGGAAGCUGUUGGCGAGAAGAUAAACAUUAACAGCACAUUGAACACACACACACACUCAGCGGUUUUGGUUGGAAGUUGUUAGAUCGCUUUUCCCCCCUUUUGGUUGAACCGCUUUGCUGGCGAAGAGCUUCACGCGUUUUUGUUUCACGCUCCCUUGUGAAGGGAUUGUGGAUACUAAAGCUUUUCGAUGUACGGACAAAGCAUACGCCGAGCCGGUGUCUACCUGUACGUUGGAACGCUCGUAGUGGAAGAAUUUAACUUUGAUCGUGCUGGGUGAAAUGAUGCCGCCACCACAAGCGGGUCUGGGAAGUAGAAAAAGGGAGUUAUUUGUUGUGGGUUUUUUUGUGUGUGUCGUUAUUCUGGUUCUGGUUUCAGCCGUUUGAAACGUUAAUAAUGGGCGUGCUGAAACUUGGCGACUGGCAGGAUGCCACUUGUACGCCGGCGAUUUUUGUGCAUUGUUCGCUAGAAUGAACUCCGCCAACGAUGAAAAGUGUCUCGUUUGCAAAUGGAUGGAAAUUACCGGCCAAAGAGUAAGAUUUGGAUGAGGUUGUUAGAAUGCAUAGAAUUGAACUAUUGGAGAAACUAAUCUAAGUAUUGAUUGUGCUCGAUCUUGAAUUCAUUUGAGUAAACAGUUAUUAUUCAAGGAAACAUUUUAAGUUCUUUACGUAGAGUUUGAAGAACUCUGUUCUAAUAUGGGGCAAAAUAUAGCAGAUUGUAAUGUGUUUUUAUAAACAAACUUUUUACUGAAUUUGAAGUCAUCUCGGCAGAACAAUGACUGAUAAGCAUCACAUAAAAUACAAAGAAUGAUCAGACAUUUAAGUCAUCUCUAUCAUUUACUGCAUGAUUAGGACUUACAGAGGCUAUAUGAAGUAUCUGUUACAAAAGUUUGAGCUCUUUACAAAUACUUUCAAAUAUAGUUUGUAUUUGUGAACAUCACAAAAGAGUCGCUUUUGAAUCAUUAGAUAUCAAUCUCCAAUGUCUGUUUCCUACUCUGGUUCGACACAAUGACACUAGCCAAAUUAAAAAGGCUUUUAGCAACAUUAUCUACAAGUGCCAUGUUCUGUUCUGUGCCAAGAAUGCAUGUUUUACUGUCAACGACGUAGCGAGACAACUACCUUAAGCCAUCACAACUGUGUUCUGUCUUAGGUUACAAAAGAUUGAAGCCUUCGCGUGGAUUCAAAUUCAAACUAAUAGAAAUCUAUUGAAUGACUCAAGAGUCGAGUUUUGAACCUCAUCAAAAGGCUUCUUCACAGAAAGUUAGUUCAGAUUAUUGUUCAUGAACGCUUACGAUAUAGUCGUGAGUAUCAAAUUCAGCUCAAUUACGAUUCAACUUACUGACAUUGAAUAUUUGAUGCAAAUGAUACAACAGAGCAACACAAAGCAAAGCGUCCAUGUCUGACAUCACACAAGAGCAAAUGUUCUGUCCAUCCGCCGUCUAAUGCGCAAGGAUCAUGAGGCGAUAAUUUAGUCAAGCGAAAUUGUGUUUUCAAAUGAGCUGUUAAACAAAUUACGCUUCCAACACUAACCGGCGGAGAGGAGUGUGUGAUAUGUAAAUUGGAAAAAAUGCCUCCCAGCAUCGAUCCACACUCACGAGUGUGUGUGUGUGCGGCUGGGGAUGUAAUGUAAUAAACUCAUCGAAUACUUUCACUGGCACUUUUUCCUUGUUCCAACCAUGUGGCUGGGUGGAGGUGUAGAGAAAUUGUUGAAAUGUUUCCUAUCACUUACCACACACGCUGGUUGGGCAUGUGCUCGCGAACUCACUCGAGGCUGUAAGUGAAACGGACGAGUUUUUCGUAAUUUUUACCGCAAGCUCAACACGUCCCGGCGCGGGUCUUGCUGCUGUCACCUGCUGUUGUCGUAAUCAUGCUCGACUGCUUCCGGAGAUCCUAGAGACCGAGAGAGAGAGAG